AUGUUACUUUGGGAACUUUUUUUCGAAAAAAUGCCAUACGAAAAAUGGAAUAUAUUGAAGAUUAAAGAACACGUAUUAGCUGGUAAAAGAGAAAAAAUCACAUGGGGAAAGGCUCUACCAGAUGUUCGAGAACUUCAAAAAGGCUUGGCGAAAAUCAUUGUGUCUGCUAAACUUUUACCUGAUAAGGCAUUAGAUUUAGAUGGAUUUGCGGAUUUACCGGACAUGUACAUGGAUGGUGAAGGAAAUGAUCAUAAAAAGGCUAGUGAAUUGUUUAAAGAAGCAGCUGAUGAUGAAAUCUCGGAUGCUCAAUUACUUUAUGCAUUUUCAUUAGUUAAUAAUCCACCAGUAAAAUUUGAUCGUGAAAUAUUUUUAAAAUAUAUAACCAAAGCUGCAGAUAAUAAGAAUCCCACUGCACAAUUUAACUUGGGAGAGAUAUAUUUGCACGACAUAGAUGAUUUUAAUAUUGAUGAAAUACCACAAAUAAUUCCUCUCAAAGAAGGUAUUGCAGCUCAUAAGAAGAAAGAGUAUGCAAAGGCUUGGAAAUUUUUUUCAGCGCAUGCAGAGUUAGAAAAUGCAACUGCAAAAUAUUGGAAAGGAUGUUACUUGUGGGAAGGAAUUGGGGUUGAGAAAGAUCAUAAAAAGGCUGGUGAAUUGCUUAAAGAAGCAGCUGAUUCUGGAAUCGAUGAAGAAUUAGUCAAAAAAUAUUUAAGAUUGGCAGCUCUCAAUGAUCAAUCUAAAGCUAAAGAGCUUUUACGAAAAUUAGGGAUUAAUGGCCGUUUUUAUAAUUCUGGUCCAUCGACUGCAUCUGAAUCAAAGACUCAAGAUAAUAAAGUUAGACAGGGAACAGGAAUUGCACUAGUAAUAGCUAAUAUCGCGAAAUUAAAUGUUAAAAUUUAUGACACAAAUCCAAAGCAAAUUGAAAAAGGAUUGGAUUUAAUUAAUAAUUUAAUCGAAAAAGAAGUUUCAAAACAGCGAAUCACUCGUGAACACGCGGAAUCCACUAAAUCACGAAUUGGAACAAUUUCAAUUAUUGAAGAAUUAGAUGAUACAAAUUUCAUAAUUGAAGCUGUUUCCGAAAAUAUUAAUUUGAAAUGUAAAAUAUUUGAAAAUUUAGAUAAUAUUUUAAAAAAGGAUACCAUCCUUGCUACUAACACCAGUAGUAUCAGUAUUACUAAAAUUGCUGCUGCUACUAAAAGACCUGAAAAAGUUAUUGGUAUGCACUUUAUGAAUCCUGUACCAGUAAUGAAACUUGUAGAAAUAAUUCCAGGAUUAGCUACUUCAGAAGAAACUUUAAAUAUUACAAAAAAUUUGACUGCAAAGAUGGGUAAAACUUAUACUCAAUCACAAGAUGUUCCUGGGUUUAUAGCUAAUAGACUAUUAAUUCCUUAUAUUAAUGAAGCUAUAAUUGCUCUUGAACAGGGAAUUGGUACAAAAGAAGAUAUUGAUACUACCAUGAAACUUGGUACAAAUGUUCCAAUGGGACCAUUAGCAUUAGCAGAUUUUAUUGGUCUUGAUACAUGUUUGGCUAUUAUGAAAGUAUUACACAAUGAAAUUGGUGACACUAAAUAUAGACCUGCUGUAUUAUUACAGAAAUAUGUAGAUGCUGGUUGGAAAGGAAAAAAGUGUGGAAGGGGUUUUUAUCAAUACUAA